AUGAGGCUGUUUGAUAAUUAUACUUUGACGAUUGAAAAAGAGCUCAUAUUUUUGUUAGACACUGAUCCAGAAAAUGCGAUUAUCGAUAAUAUGGCAAGAUUUUUAGCAGUUACCACAUGUUUUACCACGUUUUUUUACUAUAAGAAAACGAGAAAUGAUUGGGUUAUGAACCGAUAUGUGAGUUCUAUUGAAAUAGAUUAUGUUGUUCAUAUAAUUUUUUAGCCACUCAUCAAAAUAAGCAGUUUGCAAUUAGCAAUUGUUCUAAUAAUUCCAAGUUUUAUGUCGAUUUUAACAUUCAUUUUUGUCAUUCUGAUGUUUUUGUGAGUUAAUAACUGUUUUAAUUAUUUAACGAGAAUUUCACAGAAGAGAAAAAGAAAUAUUAAACGAAACAACAGUAAUCUAUUACUUGAUGGCAGUUUUAUUUUUCAUAAGGCACUUUUUAUUCACUUUUUUUGCUGCGUCAAUAUCAAACCUUAUUGAUAUAUUCAUAUUUUUGUUGGCAGUUCAACGAGCGGCUAUUAUUCUUCUACGUAAAAAGUACCAAUUUCUUGUUGGCAGGUCGUCUCAUUGUGAAAUCAAUGUAGCUUGUAAAUAAAAAAGUUUUACAGAACAGCUAUAAAGAUUUAUAUUAGCAUGAUAUGGAUUGGAACAAUUGCGAUCAAAAUAGGCAUGGUGAUGAGCUGUGAGUAAAUUUUUUGAAGUGGUUUUUAUUAACAAUUUUUCAGUAUACUUUAACUUCGAUGAAAAUCAUAUUUUGUACCAAUAUUUGUUCAAAAAUUCCGACGUGAAUGGCCCAAUUAUUGCGAUAUUUUGUUCAAUUUUAUAUUUUAUAUCAUUCUGGAAUUUAUAUAAACAACGUGAAGAAAAACUUUGGAUUUCACCUGAAUUUGCUUUUGUGUAUGAAGGUGCGCCGACUUUAAUAAGCAGGGUAAUUACAAAAAAUUAAACGCAAAUAUGGUUGAAAUAAGAAGAGAAGACAUUUUUAAUGUUUUAAGGGUUUUCUUCUAUAUCAAUUUUCUAUUAAUCAAAAUUCUUUUGCAUGGCAACCUUACGAGUUUCGAUAUAUUAUAAUAGCAAAUGGUUGGGUUCAACUAACAAAUGUUAUACCAUUUCGAACAAUCACAAAAUUAUUUGAAAAUGCAAAAUUAUAUGUUUCAAGAAGUUAUGCUUAUAAUUUUAACAUGAAUGUGGUCUCACAAUCAGAGCAAAGGUCUUGAUCAUUUUUUGUCUCAACCACGUCUUACUUUUUUAUCAAUGAAAAAGUCCAAUUCUCCCAAUUUUAUCAAAUUUCGCAACAUCGAAGAGGAAAAUUAUUUUAUGGUUAGAGUACAUGAGAAAACUGCAGGGACGCUGAAGAAAAAGUGUGUGGCAGACAGUUAGACACUACAUACUAAUUUUAUUUAAUGUUCAUUGUCUUUGUUGCUUUUUUAUCGUUUCAAAUAAAUGCUCUUAUUUUUUCCAAAUUGUAUUCGAAAAAAUCAAUCGUUUUUUGAUCUUUUUUAUUUUGAAAAUUAUCCUAACUUUUUUAAGAUAACAUGUGCGAGCCUGGAGAAACAAAAGAAGCUUGGCGUCGUAGAAUUCAUAGCAGAUUGAAUGCAAUUUCUUAUCGAUUGGAUAUUAUAGACAGAGGUAUUUAUCAAUCAUCAAUCUGAAAUAAUAAUCUUGAUUUUGCAGAAAAGCGAAAUAAUGUUUCAGCUAGUGAGUUUGGAUCAAAUGUUCAUGUAUCUCAAUUUCCAGUCAGAAAUGUGAAUGGUGAGAUUUUUUAAAAGCUGAAAUAGGGUUUAUUUUUCAAAUGCAAGCAACGUUUUCAGAUCUCUCUUCUCAAAAUAAUUUCUCUCGCGGCACACACAAAGUAACAGAUUGGGUCAUCAAUCAAACAUUUCAACAGAAUCCCACAGAUUCAGAACUUCCAAUCAAAGAAGGUUAGAUUUUUUUGACAAUCAAACAUGAAUAUCUUUUCACAUUUUCAGAGCUCUUGCAAUCCGACGAGUCAAACAAUGUUGCUGGUUUAUUUCCUGUUAAACAAGAAUGUGAGGAAUAUGCUAAUGCGGACAAUUUAAAUAUUAUACCAACGCAAUUCAUCAAAACCGAAGAAGCUGGUCCAUCAGGAAUCAACACCAAGGAAGAUCCACGUCAGUUAGACUUUGAUUUAUAACACAUUUCAUAUUAAAUUUCUGAUAUUUUAUAGAUAUGCGUCCACCUUCUCCAGCUUCAUCUGGAUGCACAACAAUGGGUGUUAGAUUCUAUUCAAAGAAUUCGUGCGAGUUAGAUCAAAGAAGAAUCAAAACGGUCAGAAGAUUUCGUAGAUUGAAAACACGUCAAGGUAUGAACUCAAAAAAGUUUUUUCUAGAAAAUAUUUUUUUCAGAACACAAUGAUCGUCUGAGAAGACUCCGUCUCCGUGAGAAUCGCUCUAGCAGUUCAACCUGAAAAUUCCCAGAAUCAUUUAUCUAUUUAAUAGCCAAUUUUGCUCAAAGUAUUUACUUUUAUUGUUUGUUUUCUUUUUCUUCAAGUUCUAAUAAAAUAUUUCAAAUUGAAAAAUAUGAUAGAACAGAACAUUUUCUCUCAACAAACAAUAACCCUGAAAAAACAACAUUGACCUUACAUUAGCGAUAAUUAGGAUUAUGUAGCUAUGGAUUACCACAUUCCACCUUUUUUCCUUCUCUCUCAAUUUUCUUUUCUCUCAUGAAUAUAUUUAUAAAUUGUGAUUGAAUUGAAUUGAAUUAAAGUUUUUUUGUUUGGUUCAUUCGAAAACUUUUUUUGUCAUUAUAUUUAUUUGUCCCAGAUUUGAGUGUUAUGGGAAAAAGGAUACUUGCCACCAUCUGCCCCCUUUUUUUCCUUUUUCACACCAUCAAAUCGAUCGAUUGGUUCUUCCUUUUUUGCAUGUAUUAUAUACAUUUUUUGUUUAUAGAUUAUAUUUUUCGCUUUUUAAUGAUCAAAAGUUUCACUCAAAUAUUUGCCAAGCUAAUCUAAUUUAUCCGUUCUUGCUGUUUUUUGCAUCGUUUUUUGAUUUGUUUAUACACUUUGCUUUGCAGCGGAUGAUAUAGAUUUUAUGAGUUUUUUCCAAGCUCUGAAAUUUGCUUUGUGGUUUAUUUUCAUGAUGUUCGUAGGUUUGGUUUGCAUAAUAGAAAUUUGUUUCCUAUGCAGAAAAACACAAUGGUUUUUCUGUGUUCUAUCUUUUUUUAAAAGUUUUUUACUAGGAAUUUUAUUAGAGACAACGUGAUAUAAGGAGAGUAUAGAGAAAAAUUAUAUUAUAUUAAUGAUUUUUUAUAUUUUUGGAUACUGCUAUUUUUUUUAAAACAUAUUCAGCAAUCCACAACCACCUUUUUUUCGAAUUUUCUGUUCAUGAAAACACAUUUUAUUUUAUUUUCUUUGUGUGAAAAAACCAAUAAUUUUUUUUCAAAAAAAUUUCUUUCCACUCAAGUGAAACGCAAAUAAACAACACCACCCAAAAACAAAAUUUACAUAAACAAUUUUCACUAAUUUUUUCCUCUCCGAUGUGUUGAAAAAUCGUACUACACAACUUUGUAUUUAUUUGAUUGUGUGUGAAAAAGAAGAGCAAAGAAAAGCGAAUAAUUGGAACUUAAGUUUAUUUACCCUCCUUUUUCUCUGCCUCUUUCUAUCCAAUUCGAAAUCUCUCAAAUCGAAUUGCAUUUCUGCACCCAAUUCCUUGUUUAGGUUAUUUAUACUGAAUUUCUGACCUUCCUAUUUUUCUCCAGUAAAAAAUUCCUGUUUCAAUUCAAUUCAGGGAUCAUAUAAAUUUCUCACAUUCACAAAUAUUUACCAAUCUUUUUCACAAAUAUAUAUAAAUUUUAUUAUAUAUAAAAUAUUCAUUCUCAAAAAAAAAAGAAAAAGAUUUUCAGUGUAAAUGUAGUAUACAUAUGUUUUAGAACAGCCGCUUGUUAUGUUUUUUUUUCAAAAAAUAUAUGUUUUACAAAUUUGUCAUGCAAUCUUUUUUUGUACUUUGAAAGAUCUUAUCAACCAAUAGAACAAGUGGAAAAAACGAUAAAUUCCCUCUCUUAAUUUUUUUAUAAUUAGUUUUAACUAUAUAGAUAAUUUUGUAUAUGUAUAAUAAUAUUUUGAUAUCCAGCUGAGAGAGAAAGAGAGUGAAAAUCCAGUCAAUAUCUUUUGAUGAUCUUUUUUCGGCACCUAAUCUUUACCCACAAUCGGAUACGUUGACAAAAUUCCCCCUGUCGUAUAAAUAAAUAAUUUGCAUUCAUUAUAUUUUUGGCGCCAGAAAUUCGAAAUGUUUUCCGGCGGCGCAAAAGAUUUAUGAAGUCUUCUUUGUCUCAUUUUUCGAAAAACCUUUACUCUGGUUGGUUUUUGAUUAUUGGAACUUUUAUAAUCCUUCCUCUCAUAAUUACAUACAUGUUUUUCUUAUUUAUUUUUGCAACUUGUUUGUUUUUCUUUCAAUUUCUAUUUGAAAAACAACAAUUUUUCAGUGUCAUUUUUUGUUGGUUUGAUGGAGCUCAAAGUAAGUAUUGAUGGUUUGGAGCGAAGUGUGUCGGGGGUUAGCGAGACAACGACAUGCUCACAGAUUAUUUAUGCACUUGCACAUGCCACCAGUCAACGUGGACGUUUUGUGAUGGUUGAAAAAUAUCGAAAUGUUGUGAGUUAUUUUUAAAGUGUUUUUCAUUUGAAAAUAAGGUGAAGUGUUUGGGCUCUGAUGACUCAUUGUUUGAAAAAAAGUGUAUAAAUUAAGUUUCUCAAAAAAUUUAAAGAAUUCUGCUUGAAACGAAAGAGGAUUAUAAAAACAAAUAAAAAAAUUUAAUUCACUUGAAAAAAUGUCACGUAGAAGCUUUGAAUUUAACAAUGUUCUAAAUUUCGAAAAAAAAGUGUUUUAUUUUCUAAACUUUCUCAUUAGAUUUUCUUAAAAUUUUAGUGUAACUUGCAGAAAAGAUAAUUAAAUUUUCGAAAAUAAUCAUAUUAUUCUUACAUACAGUAAUUUUUCCAAUUCUCCUCCAUUUUAUUCACUCAAUCAACUAGACAAAUUUGCUUCAAUUAUCUUCGAUUUUCAUUCAAUUCAAUUCUACUCAAUCAAAUCUAUUUUUAAUUCACCCAAUUUGUUAAAUAGUGUAAUAUUAUUAUAUGUAGUAUACUUAUUUUAUUAUAGGAGCGUCGAUUAGCACCAAAUGAUCGUCCUUUAGAGACACUAAAAAAGUGGAAGGAACAUGCAACAAAUGUCACUUUUCAAAUGUUGCGCGUCGAUAACAAUGACCAAGUGUGCAGUGAGUCAUUCAUUUUACUAUUUUUUAUAUCAUCUAUACAAUUUUUCAAACGUUUAUUUCUUCUUAUUUUAUUUUUGAAAAUUGAGCCUGUUCAAUUUCUCUAUCUUCCAAAAACAAUUUUUUUGUAGACCGCGUCGAAGAACCUCUCGAAAACCAAUUUAUGAUUCGUCAAAACGCAUCAACAUCAAGUGUCGUUACUUUACCAGGUAUUUUUUAUUCGAAAAAUUAUUGAACCCCGAAAAAUUCUCUAUGUAUGUUUGUAAAAAGCAACAACAAACAUUUAAGAAUAUAUUACACAAGGUUCUUAUUGUUCCAAUAUUUGGCAGUAUUCCAAGAAAGAUUUAUGACUUGGAAUCAAGUUUUUUUUGUCUUCUUUGAUGGAAGAAUGAAGUGAGAAGUUUAAAGAUUAUCAGUUCGGUAAAUAUUGGAAAAUUUGCUGUUUCGGUUGAUAGUUUUCGAAUUUCAGGUUAUGUGAAAAUUCUUUUUUUGUUCUAGAAAACAGCAUAAACUUAGAAAAAAUGAUUGGGAAAUUGAAUUUGAAAAUUAAUCAAAUCGAAUAUUCAAACAAUUUUUUGUAAAGUUAAAAAAUGUCAUCAGUGAUAAGAUAUAACUUAACGGUAUAUCAUUUUUGAUUUAAUUUAAAAUGUAAAAAAUAUAUUUUCAACUCUGGAAAAACUCUUUUUUUACUUUCACAUUGAUAUCUGAAAAUUCCGAUUUGAAAAUUAAAAAUAUCAAUUGUGAACUGAAAUAAGUCUCCCAUAUUCCCAAUUCACCGAAAUCAUCAAAUAGUUUUUUUGUUUCUCCGCUUUUCAAUUAGUGAAAAAUUGAUGGAAGAAGAAUUUUUGAGAAAUGCAUAGGAACUAAGUUCUGAACAUAAAAACAUUUUGAUCUUGCUUCUUGAUUUUUAUUGAAAUAUUUACAAAUUCAUUAAAAUUCUUAUUAGUUUUCCCACUAGAAAACUUCAAAACAAAAAUCGAAACAAAUUUUCCCCUAUCUCUACCACUUAUUUGAAGCCUACUUUAGUUUGACGAAAAAAGACAUUUUGUAUUGUUGUGGUUAAAAACUUCAUUCAUUUUUUUUACAACAAUACCAAGUGUCCAGUAUCAAAAUGAUAUGAGACGCAGACACAACAUUUCUCAUUACACAACAAAAGCCAAUUAAGGAAGAAGUAGUGGGCAGCAGCAACAGAAACAGCAGCAACAGAUUGAAGAUGGAAAUGGACAACAAAGAAGCACUAGUUCGUUGCCAGCCUAUUCAAUUGGAGGUGUCACUUCGACGACUGGUACUUUGGGACGACGUCGACCCCCACCGCCAGGUUAGUCAAGACCCCACCCACCUAUUCCUGCUUUUUCUUUUUUUUUUUUUUUGUUACUUUUGUCUAUGUAUGUAUGAGAAAAAACUUUAUCACGUGUUUGUUUUUCUCAAAAAGGUGUACUUUUUAUACAAGUGCACCCUGUCUUAUUUUUAGAUUUCAAUUUCAAAACAAGACUAUAUAAGUCAUAUCAAAAUCAAAAUUAUUUUCAGAUUACAAAUCUGUAAUGGAACAAAAAGCUGCAACUGCCAAUUCUAGUAUAAUGUCAAAAUCAAUGUAUGCGAAUCCGAGCGAUUUGAAUAUUCAAAAUUUGGAUAUUUAUGAAAGUUCGUGUAAGGAAGAAAUGACUGAAUAUAUUGCUUAUGAAGAAGAACUUCGACAACUUUUGAAGCAGCAAAAUAAUUUGAGAACAAUUUUGCAACCAAUGAUCGCUGCAAAUUGGCCACAAAAAUAUCAACAAGAAGUCAAAAAAUCACAUAAAUUGAGAGCGUCGAUUGAAGCUACAAAAGAGGCUAUUGAUAAAACCAAAUCGUGAGUUUUUAUGGGAAUUUUCGAAAACCAGUAAAUAGGAAACAAUCAAAAACAAAAUAUGAAUCUUUAAAGAAAAUCUUACUUUGUUUUUUUUUCAAAUUAUAUGUACAAAACAUGCUCAAUUUUUUGAAAUAAAAUUCGUGAAUCUGAAACAUUCUCAAUGGUAUUUUUGAAUACAUAAUUGUGAAUCAAGUAUUCUACACUUUUUUCAGACAAAAAAAAACAAUUUCUUAAUUCUAAUUCCCCUUUUUUUCAGCGACAUUUUCCAAAUCGAAUCAAAAGAACAAGAACUAAUACAAAAAAUCCAGCAAUUUCAAAGAGAAGAAGAAAUGGAAAACCCGAGUGAUAACAGUGAUUUUCUGGAAACCUCAAUUGAUUUGACAACUUCACCGCCAAAAGUUGUUGCCUAA